AGCUUGUGACGCGCACAAAAAACGUCACAAAUGCGCCAAAAUAAAACGUGGACUCGAGCUGCUCGUUCGUUGAGUUGGUCUGUUUGUCGCUGCCAGGCUAACCGGACCAAUGACUCGUGUUAUCCGACAUUAUAAAGUCACUGGGAUUUAAAUGCCGCCAACUCGGCUCCUGCACGUCACAUGACAACAGCGGUGUGUUCACAGAUGGCUGACGACAACACGGAAAAGCAAGCUUCGGCGGAGGAAGACCGAAGCGAGAAGACCGUGAGCAGUCCCGGAGACACGGAAAACCAGGUUCUGUCCAAGAGGCAGAGGAAGAAGCUCAUGAAGCAGCAGAAGUGGGAGGAAGAGCGGGAGCAGCGGAAGCAGAGACGAAAGGAGAGGAAGCAGCAGCGUCGACUGCAGAGGCAGAGUCACCAGGAGGGCGGAGAGGUUCAGAGUGCCCGCAAACGUGCGCGCAGAGAGGCCACGCCCAGCUCUCUGAGGCUGGUGGUGGACUGCAGCUUCGACAGCCUCAUGCUCAUUAAGGAUGUCCACAAACUUCACAAACAGAUCCAGAGGUGUUACGCAGAGAACAGACGAGCCUCGCAUCCAGUGCAGUUUUACCUGACGAGCCUUGGAGGACAGCUGAGACAGAGCAUGGAUGAAAAGGACAAAGGCUGGGUGAACUGGAAGGACAUACACAUUCAAACGGAGCACUACACUGAGGUGGUGUCCCAGGAGGAGCUGGUCUACCUCACCUCAGACUCUCCCAACGUGCUGACAGAGCUGGAUCCAAGGAAGGCCUACGUGAUAGGAGGCCUGGUGGACCACAACCACCACAAGGGAGUCACCUUUGAGAGGGCCAAAGAGCUGGGCAUCAGCCACGCCCAGCUCCCUCUGAGCAGCUUCGUCAAAAUGAACAGUCGGAAGGUUCUGGCUGUUAACCACGUGUUUGAGAUCAUCCUGGCGUAUCUGGAGAAAGGCAGCUGGCAGGAGGCCUUCUUUACAGUCCUGCCUCAGAGGAAGGGAGUGGUAGCAGUCGGCUGGGACGCCACAAAUCCUCCGAAAAAAGACGAUGAGACGGACUCUGAUUCUGACUCUGACCCAGAAGCUACAGCUCAGACGGAGGGACGAGCUUAGCGUUGGUGCCGAGUGGACAAUACGUUUGUUUUUGGUUUUUUAAGUGACGUGAAAAUGAGAUGGUUUAGAGAAAUUUCUGUUUCUUGACCGUUUAAGUAUUUAUUGAAAAGAUUUCUGAGUUAAUGUUCGAGACGUUGGCAGUUUAGCUGUUUGUUGUUGCAGCUGAAGCUGACAGAUGCUAACCAGAGUUCACCCACAGGACGGACACUGGGUCCACUCACUCCUCUUACGAUGAUGAUGAUGACGAUGGUUCACAAUCUUCUACUUUAUACUUUUGGAGGAAAAAGCACAGAAAUGAAUAUAAGAAGGAAAAAAACAAGAUGCCAUCCAUUAAACGGGUUAAAGCGAGAGUUUGAUGCAUUCACAUGAUACAUGUUCAGGAGUUUCUGACACAGGUUUGCUCCUCAGUAACUCGAAGGUUACGGCUGUGAUAUGUUGUGUAUAAAUGUUCGUUUUGGCUGUAGGAAGUAAACCUGGAAGGUGCAGUAUCCAUGGUAACGAGUAAAUCUGACCCCAAACCAGAGGGGCGUAAUCACCCAUGCAUGACCCACAGACGCACUUUAACGCGCAGCAGACUGCAGUGUGUUAGAAGCUGCUGAUGGUUAACACCAACCACACGUUUAUUCUAUGAAACGCUCUGCAGUAACACAACAGGAGUUAAUGUGAUAACAACUGUUGGCACUGCUGUACACAGGACACAGCUGACAUUCACCACUGAUACCUGCAUAUUAUUAUAUUGUGCUCUUACUGACUUCCAUCCAUGGCAGAGAAUAAAGUCUGUGCUCCCGUACAGUCUGCAUCAGGGCUGUUUAUCACGCCAUCGCUCUGCUCUGUAGCCCGAGUGAAUGUCGGCGCGCGCUGCAGUAUGUUCUACAGCUGCAGGUCAAAAUGAAUAGAAAUACCAAUGUUCUGCAUCAGUUGGUGAUUCUUUCUGCUUUAGCUGUAACAUUUAAGCACACGCUGACAGCUUUGUUAACAGUUUCUGUCACAGAGUCGGUUAAAGCCAGCAGGUGGCAGGAGGAGCUGUUAGAGUGCAGCGCUGGGGUCACUCCUGUGUUAGCACAUUUUUCCAGUUAAAACAUUUUUUGCUGUUUGAAUUCGACUAAGAACAAAAGCAGUGACUUAUUAACAGUUAUGGACAAACACAGUGUAAAGAUGGAGAACGUUUCAGUGUUUGUGAAACCAGAUGUUUCUAUGCACAUGUUGCUGCAGGGCAUCACAGGUGCUUCACUGAGUGAAGGUGAGUGAUCUGACAGGAAAGCCCAUGUAUGGUCCUCUCAGGCUGAUGAUCAGUUUUCUCAUUGUUUCAUUACAUCUGCAGCUGCAUGUCUUGGCCGCUGUGGUAAAGCUGAGCAUCAACUGAUAGCAUCUACUGAUAAGUUGGGUUAGCAGGCAGAGGGUGACACUGCACAGGCCUGACACAUUCAAACCCUUAGGCAGCAUCAUUCAAAGGCACAGCAUACAUCUUCACUGCAAUGCAGAUAAAACUUCAUCUGAAGCCGGUGUUACACACUAACCAGUGAAACUACUA